AUGUUUGGUGAGCUGAAUGUUGCUGCAUCGGCCUGUGUCACCGGUGAGAAGGUAGCAGUGGAGGUCUACAUCAACAGCAAUAGGAGUUCCGACGACAAUACACUGGUUCAACAAAACUCGGUGAUGGCUGAAAACAGUCCAGCCAUUAUAUCGCCAAUCUUGAAGAGUUGCUCACAAAACGAGAGUUUCAACAAAGCGAUUCGUGACGAUGGAACAUGGAACCUCUGUGUUUCAAUGAUAAACUAUGUCAGAAGAACACAGUGUCCGCUGCUCAUUGCAAAUGCAUCCGAGGAAAAGACAUUCUGUGACGACAACUAUGUGAAACUACAGAACCCGAAAUCCAUUUUGGUGUUACCGAUUGUCCAUCAAGGUAAAUUGGUAUCGAUGCUCUAUCUGGAGAAUAAUUUCACCACCGGAGCAUUUACAGCGAAUCGUCUUGAGGUUCUCAAUCUACUGUCCACUCAGAUUGCAGUGUCAUUCCAGAAUGCUCGGCUAUUCCUCCAGUCUAACCACUUGGCAAAUCAGGCAUUCCUCGCCAAAGAAGAAGCGGAAAAGGCAAACAAAGCGAAAUCCGACUUCAUUUCAAAUAUGUCGCAUGAAAUGAGAACUCCACUCAACCAUAUCAUUGGAUCAUUGGAACUUCUAAAGGAAUUCCCGUUGACAACCGACCAAAAGGAACUGUUAAACAUCAGUCAACAAUCAUCAGAGUCGCUCUUGUUUAUGGUUAAUAACAUUCUGGAUCUCUCCAAGGUGGAACAAGGUAAAACAGUACUCAAUCUAUCGAUAUUCAAUUUAGUUUCAUUCUUGGAGGAUUCAAUUGGUGCCAUCGCUCCAAAUGCACACCAAAAAGGUUUGAUGGUUGGUCUCUACAGUACUCCAUGCUCGUCGUCUAUCCCAGUGAUUGGCGACGUCAAUCUGCUCCGUCAGAUUCUAGUGAAUCUACUCUCGAACGCCAUCAAGUUUACCAGUAAAGGUGAAGUGUUUAUCAAGGUAUCAGUUUCACCGAAUCUCAACAAUACUUCAUACUCUACUCAGAUCGAAGUGACCGACUCUGGCAUUGGCAUUAAACCAAAGGAUUUCGAUAAGCUGUUCCAGCGAUUCUCUCAACUCGAUACCGGAGUGAAUAGAGCAUACGAUGGAAGUGGACUUGGACUCAGCAUUUGCAAGCAGCUCGUCGAACUGAUGGGUGGACACAUCGGAAUAAGAAACAACACUAUGAUACGUAAUCAAAUAGAACAAAUCAUUGAAUCGUUCGGUGUCAUCUCUGGAAGUAGUACUUUUACAAACACCAAUCUCUCACAGUAUCUCUCAAUGGAUGAAAUACUUAUCAAGAACAACAACAUCGUUAUCAUUGGACUUCCGCUCAACUACAACGAAGAUCAGGUGUUGAGUUUGAUUGAAAGUAUCCAGCAAAUCAAAGAGAAGUACCACAAGGUAGUGGAAAUAGGUGGAGGAAAUAGAAAUCGAUUCGAUUUCAUUGUGAUCACGCAAUUGGCUUUGACCAGCUCACGUUCAAUACUCCAGGAAUCCGGUAUUCUACUGGUGAACAGACCCAUCAAGAGAGACAGUCUACUCAAUAAUAUUAUCAAGAUUAUCGAAAGCUAUCAAAUAACAUCACCAUCGACACUCAAGUAUACUAAGAGAUUGAUGAAAUCACCACAACUCAUUCGAAGUAUUAACGCCGACGACUAUAACGAGAUGAAAAGUCUGUGGUUAGACCUCCAACAACAACAGCAACAACAGCAACAACAUCAACAACAAUCAGCUGUGGUGAUGAAACAAUAUCAAGAGAAAGAGAAAUCAUUCCCACCAACGCAAUCAAAGAAUCUAUCACCAACGAAAAACGGUGUCAUCUCUCCACCCUUUAGGAGAUCACCUACUAUUUCACCACAUCGUCGAGCACCACAGAUACUGGUGAUAGAGGACAACGAAGUCAAUUCCAAUAUACUCUUUAAGAUGCUACAAAAGAUGGGUAUCACCAGUUUGGAUCUGGCAUCGAACGGUGCCGAAGGUGUAGAGAAAGCAUCAAACAUUGACUACGAUCUGAUACUGAUGGACAUACAAAUGCCAAUCAUGGAUGGCUACGAAGCAACAAGCAGAAUACGUAAAUCAGAAGGAACAUUCAAGCAUACCCCAAUCGUAGCAAUGACCGCCAAUGCCAUGGGAGGACAGCGAGAGGCAUGUCUACAAGCUGGUUGUGAUGAUUAUUUCUGUAAACCACUCAAACAAAAGGAUUUAGAAGGAAUGAUGAAUCAAAUAAAUAUUAUUCAAAAGAUAUCACCUAGUGAAAUAUAUUUUAUUAAACAAGGUGUAGAAUGUGGUGUUAGAUCAGAUGGGAGAUCUCGAUUGGAUUACAGACACUUUGAGUUGGAUGUCGGUGAGAUUGCACAUGCUUGUGGUUCUGCAAGAAUACUACUGUCGAAUACACAUGUACUCGUUGGUAUCAAAGCGGAUAUAGGUGCACCAACUACCGACAAACCAAACAGCGGUGUUUUAAAUUACUCGGUGGAAUGCUGCCCUUCUGCAUCGCCAGAGUUUGAAGGUAAGGGUGCAGAGCAAUUGAAUAUAGAGUUGGCCAAGCAGCUGGAGAGAAUGUUGGAAAACUCGCUGGAUUUAGAGUCAUUGGUUAUCGUACCCGGUCGAUACUGUUGGAAUCUUCAUAUAGAUGCAACGGUUUUGGAUAGCGAUGGUAAUCUGUUUGACGCGCUCUCGAUUGUAACUAGAGCGGCACUUUUUAAUACAAGACUACCAACCAUCAAAGUGGUACAGGGUGAACAUGAACAAAUUGAAUUCGAAGUUUCGGAAGAUUCCGAUACCUAUCAAUCUUUAUCAAUUGAGAAUGUACCAAUAUGUGUAACAUUAACAAAGGUUGGAACACAAUUUUUAAUAGAUAGUACUUUAGAGGAGGAGUUAUGUAUGGAAGCAAGAUUAACUAUAGGUAUAAACAAGAAGAGUAAUAUAUGUAGUAUUCAAAAAGGUGGAAUGAAUGGUUUAGAUGCAAAUACAGUUAAUCAAAUGAUAAACGUUGCAAAACAAGUUAGCAUGAAAUAA